AUGGCAGAGCAGAUCGGCCACAAUGUGGUAAACAACUUCCAGUCGGCGAGUGGCUCGCCAUUCGCCGACGUUGCUGUCAACCAAAAAUCUGUUCUCGCUGUCUCUGACAGCAACUCACCCUCCAUCAACGUCGACUCCAACACUUCCCAAUCGAGCACCCCCUUCGGCAAAACGACGAACAGCGAUGUCGGAGAACCAAGCGCUGGUAACGACGCAUACGCUGGGAGACUUGAGCCACAAAGUGCCCUCCAUGAUGUGGCGGUUCAGGGGCGCGCGAAUGAUGUCCACGACGACGCGAGCCAAGGCGAAGGAGUUGCAGAUGAUAGAAGCCUUGCAGAUGGAUCUAUCGAUGCAAGCGCCAAUUCUGACACCGACACGAGCCGGGCGGAUAUCCAGGAACGGAAGGACGCGAGUAGUCACAAUCGUACGAACUCAAUGAAAAAGCCGGCAACAUUCAGCAAGGUUUCUGUGACCAGAAACUUUCUUGCCAAGACGGCAACAGCGCCCACAGGAGUGACUUCCGUAAAGCCUGGCGAAAAAGUAAGUGUACUCUCCGUAGCUGCGCUCUCUGCAGCGAAGCCACGGUUAGUCGCGAAGUCAGGCACGGCGCUGCAAAACGCGCAGAGGCUUCGACCAGGCGCUGACGGCUCUGGCGGGCCCGAUGGAAGCAAAGUCUGGAACAAGAAUCAACCGACACGACCUCCCCCGCCGAAGCAAUUCACCGACGAAGAAUUGAAGCAGCAGUACGGCAUCCAUUUGGCAAAUCGCUUGCAGAGUGACGAAGGAGGCAACGAGUCUAAGUGGGCCGACAUAGACGAGGAUGAGGAUGAUUGGGCGCCUGAAGCUGUGACUUGGGUAGACGGCACGAAAUCGACGUUGAACAUACAAGAAUCCGCGCCCGCUGCUGCCCCGAAAACCUCGUCAGAUGGAGAAUCGACAAAGGAGGCACCUGGAAACGUUACAGCAGCGCCGCUCUCUCAGGCUCCACCGCAGCCCGCAGCUCCCCAGAAACUGCCAUCAUCGACGCCUCCGCCAGCAGCAGCAUCGUCUCGACCCCCACCGCAAACAGAAGCACCAGCAUCAGCCCGGCCAGCUUUGACUAGCAUGAAACGACCGGAACAGCACAUGAAGAUUUUGAGACCUGGCGCAGCUGCUAGUAUGGCCAAGCAAAACAACGCAACUAUAGGCAGUGCAUCGUCCGACAAACCAUCUCUGAAGGCGAAGAGUUCCGCGCCUCCAACGAAAUCGCCAUGGGCUCCCGUUCCGAAAGUAGAGUCGGUAUCCCCCAUAAACCCUCCUAUCCAACAAACGACAACUGUACGACCACUGGCGACACAAGAUGCUCGCGCUUACGAAUCUGCUACGGCCGCUCAGCCUGCCCGAGAAAUUGCAGCUGACACUUUCGAUCGAUCGUGGCGUGAAAACGAGAAAGGCAACAGGGAAUUGUACAAUUCAGCCAAUGGAAGGUACGAGCCCGUACCUGAAGGUCGACGUGGGAACGGUCGAUUGGAGCCUUCGGUACGCAAGCCUGCGCUGCUACAACGCUCAGCACCAGGAAAUGAGACACCUGAAUCGAAUCAAGCCCAAAUCGGAUCUCAACAGGAUGUUGGGCAAGGCAGAAGACGUGGUUCAAGCGUCAGUCAGACUAGCGCGCCGCAGAACAGACACAUCAUGGCAAAUAAGGUCCCUGAAGUCUUGGAGCAUUCUGCUGAGAGUGCAACAGACGUACCGCAGACUGCUGCUGUCGGCCCAAUCGCAGAUUCAAGUUCUGUCUGGGCCAAACAAAUGCCGCCACAAAACGUUGCGCCUGCUGAGCCUUCAAUUUCCGUAGAGGAUGCCUUGAAGAUGCAAGAGAGAGUAAUGCGUGAAAAGCGUGAACUCGCCAUCAAACGCCGAAAAGAAGAAGAAGAGCGAGAAGCGAACGCAAAGCAAGAGAGAUUGAGGGCCAAGCUCGCAGCACUUGAAGGGGCGGGCAAAUCCAAGAAGGACAGAGAAGCAGAAGCAGCCGCCGCCGCGUCUACCGCAACGAAGACGGUUGAGGACGCGGAUGCUCGACCCAACAAUGCAUCCAAGAUUGUCGCACCAACUCCACCAUCGGCGGCUGUAACAGAAUCCGCUCCAGCAGCGCCUCAAGCGGAUGCACGACCCUACGAGAGGAUUGCGACAAAGCAACCUUUGACGGACAGCAAAGCGCAGAAAGCAAACACUUCCGACAGACAGCUUUUGGACGAGAAUUCAACUAUCGCCCCUGAAGGCACCUCUGAAGCUGCAGCCCGCUCGCGCCUGUUGCCGGAGCCGCACAACCGAGACAUGUUCGCUUCAUCCGGUCCUGCAUUCACCAGCCCGCCAUCAUUCCAGCAAAACCCUAGUGAUCGCAAGGCCCAGACAGCGUUCGGACGUUCGCCCAAUCUUGCUUCGGAAUCGACCUUCUCGCCAUGGCCGAAAGCUCUUUCUAGCACAAGUGUUUGGGGCACUUCUGGUAUCGGCAAUGGAACCUUCGACAGCUCCAGCAAUUUCGCACCUCUCAUGGGGCCAAGCGCUGGUCUGCCACCUCCAACAGGCAUGAGUUUGCAACCAACUUCCAGAAUCUCGCCCAAAACGUUUCCAGGAGAAGAACGUUCGGCAAACAUGCAGCAGCAUCAGUCACCGGCACAGACGCAGGCACCGACGUCACACUCGUCAGAGUCGCGCAAAUUCGCAUCUGGCAUUGAUAGCCGAGGAGACAUGUUCGCAAAUCAGUCUCGCUUACACGUAGGGUCUCCUGCCCCUGGACUUGGUCGACCUGUUCAUCCCCCAGGACCAAUUGGCCCGCCGUCGCGAGCUCAUUUGCAGAAUGACCAAACUAAAUCUAACUCGAGUCUUGCUCAAUGGCAUAAUCUCGCGAACGAAAUGCCCAAUCAAUUUCGAGGACAUGCUGAAGACAACGCUGUCACCAACCCCAACGACGUUAGCAGCAAAUCGGAUGGACACAUCUUCCGAGAAACGUUCAAAAAGAUCGCGCCUGCCGGCGAUGGCAGACUUGGGAUGCCACGUAGAUUCGAGAGUACCGAAUAUACUGUCCAUGACAAGGAAGGCAUGUCGAGAGCCCCACUUGCCUCAUCAGGGAGACAUGCCACACCUCUGGCGCCAUGGGCAGCACCUGGAGCCAAUCCUAUUGCACUGGUUGAGGGACCCGAAGUAUCCGCUCAGAGGAAUGCAAUAAGCCAGCAGCCUCCAAUUGCGCCUCCGCCUUCGUCGAGCGCGCAAUCCGCAGUUCUCCCGCCUCAUCUGCGACCAAAGGCAAAGUUUCCUACCACCCCAAUUGAGUCGGUCAUCCGGCCGCACGGUCUUUCACCUCCUCCUCCCGAGACAGAGAGCCACCCAGUUAACACUGGAGACGUGCAUCAUCCUCAGGUCAGGCUGCCCCCUCCCCAAGCGAGAGUUCGACUGCCGCCGUCAUCGGCUCAAUUGAAAGCCCAUGCAUCGGCACAGUCGGCGCCGAACAUGACUACCGCUCGCCACCCCAACAAUUUUGGUCCUCCUGGUGCGAAUCGACCUCUUGUGCAGAAUGCCGAUUGGCAAUUGCGGUUCAACGGUCUCUUCGGCAGGGCGGCUGUCUCCACCGAGACACCUCCAUCACCGCCGAAGACACCGCCGAAGUCUAUAGACUCAGCACUUGCCGUCGCAGCCUCAAGCAGAAUGUUCAUGGAUGACCAUCACCACACGCUUUUCCAAGGUGCCACAGUGUCUCUCCCAUCACCAAAGCGAACUUUCACAGGAGCUGUCGUGUCCUUGAAUUCCAGAGGGCCAUUCACAAAGCCAAUAAGCGACUACCUCUUCGAUGAGGAACGGAGCUUCGGUUCACGCCCGGUUGUUGUGGUCCCACGCAACCCCAGGUACAAAUUCGCGCCACACGAGCCUGUAGUUCAGAAUCUUCCGACAAGCAAAGAUUCUCGCAUGUCUCGCGCCACUGCAUUUGAAGCACAAUCGAAAGAGAGCCUGCCGGCGUGGGUUUUCUACAAGAAUCCGCUAGGCUUUCAUUUAAAGAUCCCUGGCACGCGUCUCAAUAACAAACUCGUUAAGCAUACGAGAGUACAUGAUGACUCAGCAAAUGCACGCACGCGUCGGACUCAAGAUCGUCCUGGAUAUAACAAGCCAGAAAAGGGCAAGGGAACCAAGUCAAAUUCCAACGCGCCCGUAGCUGACGACGAAGCCCGAAAAUCAGGCAUCAGCGAGAAAGCCACAGUGCGCCCGUCCGCGGACAAUCCCACACCAUCCUCGGUGACUAGAAAGGCGCCAGUCUCAUUCGGAGCAGAGAAGAAGACCACCUGGACGAAGUCCGCCCGUGGUGGCCCGCGUCGCUCGUCAACCCGUCCUGCGGCAGUCUCGUCGAGUUAG